GUUUGCAGGUUUCCUUGAAAAAUGAGCAAGCCACAAAGAAGAAAGGGGAAUGUUCAGGCAGCCAGUAGCGCUCAUGCUGCAGCGCUUCUCGAGAAAUCGGGACAAUCUGUUGGAUUUGUCGGAUUCGACACAGGAUUCUCAAACGUCUUCGAUGCCGCCGCUGCUGCUGCGGCCGGCUCUGUCGGUCGGGAGAUUGACUCUGAUGUGGUCCUUAUAUUCCGGAAGCUUUCGAAGAAAGACCCACAGACCAGAGAAAAGGCGCUCCGUGAGCUUAUCGCUUCAGUGAAAGAGAAAGAUGCAGAGAUGGUGGAACUAUGUUACAACCACUUCGCAACCAUCAUGGACAAACUCGCAACGGAUGGGAGCCCAACAGUAAGGAUACUAUCCUUACGAGCAGCUUCGUACUUCAUAUCAACUCUGAAGAAGGGCGCAGAGAAACAGCUCAAAGUUAUAAUGCCCUUCAUACUGUUUGGCACAUGUGACUCAAGUCUCUCCGUUGCUAAUCAGGCCGAAGCGGCACUUUCCGAAAACUUUCCUGGGGAAAAGUCACAACAAGCCUCCUCUAUCUUCGCUGUCACCACUGCAAAAAUUGCCGUUGACAUCAUUGCUGAACGACAUAGUUUGUUACAUGCCCAAAAAUAUGAUAAUGAAGAUUCACCUGAGCAACGAGUCUCGCGUCUGACUACUCAGUGCUUGCUGACACUUGCUCGAUUGGCACCACUGGCAUCCUCUAAUCCCCAUUUUAAUGAAGUUUUGGAGAAACUUUUCAAAGAUUCUCAUGUCAUCAAAAAACUAGUGAAAAGCAACGCAACGGUAAAAUCUGCUCUUCUUGGCGUUUGCUUGAAAAUGCCUGAUUGUGUAGCGAUUUUCCUUGAUACUCCUUUGGCUGCAUGGAUCAUUUCGAAUCUUGAUUCACCGGAUGCUGCAGUGGCUACGCGAGCGUUUGAGGCAUUCAUCCGAUUAGGAUCUGACGAACGAUUUUUCGAGAAAUUCAAUAUACAAAAAGCUGUGGUCCCUAAGAUACUAUCAGUCAUCAGGAGAAAGGAAGUGCACUGGCGACACGUUUCCCACUUUUUCCUUUCUUCUUAUGCCCUUCUUGUGCCUCGAGUUAGCGAUCAACUCCACUUCGUAACCUCGUUCUUGGAGUCGUUCAUGGACAAACUGCCAUUCGAGAGCGGAGGAACAAUGCAGUUCUGGGCAAAGUCUUUUGCUGAGUGCAUGAAAUACACCUUUUCCAAGGAAGAGUUGAUCGCGCAAUGUCCAAAAAACAAGCUGAUUGAGCUGAUCGUACAAAGUGUGGAUUUGGUAUGUAAUGAAUCACGCGAGUGCCAGGAGCCAAUUGUUUCAUUGAUAUCCUGGGUUUUGGAUAAGAAUGUGCUAUCAGACUCGGAUGUCUGUUCCUUGCUUGACUCAUUGCAGCUGAAUCUGAUAAACAAGCGCCCGCAAAGCGAUGGAUUGUGCUCAUCAUUAAUAGCUGGUGCUUCUUGGCAUCUACGGACCAUUCAUGCGGCAUUUUUACGUGUCCCGCCACUACACCCGGAAUUUGUUACACCUCUGUUGACGUGCUCUGAUGAUUACUUAAACUACAUAGAUAAGAAUAUUGAUGUCAUUCCACUGCUCAGCAAAGAGUCGCAAAUCUCUCCUACCUCCGCCAAGGUUGUCUUACGAAUACUUCGGAGUAAUCCUGCUUGUUUCAAAAAUCUAGACCUUUCAACUGCUAAUUUUACACCAUUGCUGCUUCCUGAGCUAUCGCCCAACGAUUGGCCUUUGAUCUUGCAAUCCUUAGGCACUCAACUGAUCCCUUGCUUGAAGAAGGUUUUUCUGCAAUGGAGUAAGACUGAUGAACUGGAACCUGCAAAGAAAGUACUGGAGAGAUUGCAGGUUUCAGAGCGCGGAGAAGUGCUGUCUGCGUUUUUGGAAUCAAAACAUCUCCCUACAUAUUUUAUCUCAGAAUUGGCAAAAUCAGUAGAGCUUCCUGAAGAACUGACAGCUGAUCUUUCUCGUUUACUAUUCCGUUCCUUGUUCUUUUCCGAGGUGUCAGAUGAUGAAAUGGACUCUAUAUUGGGAACUCUUGCGAAGUUUCCGCCUUGUGAGCUACUUUUGAGAAGUAUGCUGACAGCAUAUGUGGAAGAAGUGACUGAUGAGGAGCUCCCGCGGCGAUUUUCGGUUGAAAGGCUGCGACGGAUAGGUAUAAUCUGUUCGCAACUGAUUUACACUGAUCGGAGAUACUUGCUUUUACUUCCUACCCAAGAAAAUCUGCUGGAACUUUUGGGCGUUUUUGAUGCUUUUGUACAAAGUGAUGUUGUUGCAAAACAUGGACUAUUUGCUGACACAUUGUCUGAUUCGAGUGAAAUACGAGUCCCCACUGCGGAAGAUCAAUUUCUGCGCUUUAUGGAGAAUUCAGCUCGGAAAGCCAUGAUUUACCUUACUAUAGAUUGUGAAGAUAAAGCUCACGAUAUCUCCUUGGCUUACGCUGCAGCUGUAGUGCCAGUGGUGGAUUUGCUUUACGAAACUCGAUGGGAGUGCUCACCGCGUUCAGAAGUUUUCACAGAUUGCAUUAAGCUUUGGGAAGACGUGUUCCAGAGAACAGCCCUUGCAACGCACAGAGCCAUCGCUGCUUUCACUCACCUACCCACAGCUCCUUCCUCAGCUCAGUUAGCGCUGCGUGUGCUUUGUGAGAAUGGUGCUUUGUGGCAGAAAGGCAAAACUGAAGAUAGAAAUAUCGCAUGGUAUUGGGCUACAUCAAGCGAUUGCUCAGGAAUGAAGUUGGAAACAGUGGAGAGAUGGAUAAGCAGGUUCCAUGCAGAGACCCCUCUUGAAUUUUUGGCACAUCUCCAUGACUACAUACAGAAGAAUGCGCCGGAAUGGCAGGACACGAUGUUCAGUGGAAGCGCGCUCGAUGCUCCUUCCUACCAUAUAAGUUUGCUUUGUCUGCAUGCCGCCAUCAGUGUCUUUGGCGAUAUAAGCUUGCUUUCGUCGCUUACACCAGAAUUACUUGAUUUUAUUAUGUGUGGUGUGGUCACUGCCAUGGAUAGCUGUGAUGAAGCCAUUGGAACAAAAAUCACGAGCAACCAUAAGGUGGAGACACUUGCUGGUUUGUCCCUGAAAAUGUUCGAAAGAUGUGCAAAAACUGCACUGGAAAAAUUUUGCAACUCGUUGGAUACGGAAUGGCCAAAUUUCUUCUUGCCAACAAUGUCAAGGAUCAUUGUACGGUGGUUCACGCUUCUUGAUGUCGAUGCAAAACCAACAUUUUUUGUGCGCGCGCUGGUAAAAGCUUUGCUUUAUCUCAGUGAGCUGCCAGAUGAUUUGUCGCUCAAGAAGAAGCUAAGUCCAGAACUGGAUAGAUUUGAAUAUGAUGCUAUGCACCAAACACUAAUAAUCCAAGCAGAAGAUCUUGUUCUUUCGGAAAAUCCAUUCAUCCAGUUCGCAGCUUUGCAUAUGUUCAAAGUGUUGACCCCCAUAAUGUAUAGGCAAGAGAAUGAGCAGUGGAUGGAAGAGGAAAAGGUUAGCGCAUCGGGUCCGCGACAUCUGGUAGUACCUGACACGCUGUCGAAACUAAUUGAUGGUACAACCGGCUGGCCUGCAAUAAUGGCAUUUGAUGCGGCACUUGUGCCCCUUGCUAUAAGCAUAUCCUCGGACGAAGAACGUGUUGCGUAUUGUGAUGCUUUGCCACAUGCUGUAUCUACGAUCUUGCCACAAAUCUUAGCUCGUUGUCCAGAAGAUUUGCCAUCAUCAAAGGAACGCGAAUACUUCAUCUCUGAGUGUUUUCCCUUCUCUGUCGAUGUAUACGAAAGAUAUGCAGCGAAUCUACUAUACAGAACACUUGGGACCUUGCCAGCUGUGGUGCGUAAUUGGUACGCAGGGUUACCGAAUGCUGCAACACAGAUAGUUAGCAAGUAUGUGCGAUAUUAUGUUAGCAAACUUUUGGUGGAAGCUGAGCUCAAUAAGGUCAAAUCAGCCAAUAAAAGCCAUUUGAAGGCCGACAAGUCGCUCAAGAUUCGUGUAGUUCCCGUAUCGGGAGAAGUCAUUGCUGAAUAUAAGGUAGAAGAGACUACAAUGCGAUUGUCAAUAGUGAUGCCACCUGACUGGCCUCUCUCCGUGCCAACCAUACAGAUUGACAAGGCAAUAGUACCGUCUGAGAAAGCGAAGAAAUGGUUGCUCCAGCUGACAGCUUACUUAUUCCACCAGAAUGGCUCUACGGUAGAAGGAAUAAUAAUGUGGCGGAAGAAUGUGGAUCGUGAUGUGGAAGGCGCCGAAGCAUGCACGAUAUGUAUGAUGACGAUCCACUCUACGAACCAUCAGCUCCCCAAGGUCAAAUGCCGGCAAUGCAAGAACAAGUUCCACUCAAAUUGUUUGUACAAGUGGUUUGAGUCCAGCAGUCAAUCCAGCUGUCCUUUGUGCAGAGCGAACUUCACCUAAAGCUGACCUUUCCUCGUUGGAUGCGUCAGAACUUGCUCUUCUUGUACUUGUGAUAACUUUAAAUUGGUAUUAGUAACGGUUAUGACCUCGGAAGUGUGAUUUUGGAUAGAUAAAGAGCGUA